AUGAUGCGCGGCAUACUUGUGGCACUGCUGUGCGGAUGGGCGCUGGCUGAUGUUCCUGAAAGAGAUGAGUCGUGCGAGCCGCUGGAGGACCCGUCAGUCCUGAUGCAGCUGGGUACGAAAAAUGGCUUUGUCGCAUGGAUGAAGAGCCUCAGUGGAGACGUGACCGCCACGUGCGAUUUCGAUGGGGCCAACCCGUUCGGAAUCCAAUUCAUCGACCCGCUUUAUUAUUGCUUUGGCAACCCGCCGACUUGCUUUUGUGCCUUGGCGUGGCGUUCACGCUGCAGUUUCUUGUACUUCCGAAUGCGUUUUCGAGUCGAGGUGGCGGCAACCAGAAAGAUGAUCCAAACUGCUACUUGGCCACCUCCACCUCAACCCCCAAAGUGUGCGAUUUCGACGGCCGCCAGACCUCGUGCAGAUUGGUCUUGCUAG